GUUCAUCGACGAAGACGGACGGUUAGCUCAGUGAUUUCUUGAUUUAAACACGAUUUCAAAUAAAUUUGUGCAUACGAAUCGUUAAUCGAAGAACAGCUCCCAUUAACGUGUAAUAUAGGACUCUCGGAUUUGAAGAUAUACUAAAUUAUUAAUAAUUGAAAUAGUAACCGUAAGCGAUUUUCUAGUCGUUAUGGAAAGAUCUUCAAAUCUGCUGGUUUCCAGCCCAAAUGUAAAGUAUACGGAUGAUUAUAUUCUCGCCGAUUAUGAUUAUGAAGAAACUCUGGUGACGAAGAAGGGCGACGACUUAGUGGCAAAACCAUUUAAAACAUCACUAUGCCUCCGCACUGGGCGGAAGGUGGGUAAACUGGGCAUCAUGCUGGUUGGUUGGGGUGGCAACAACGGAUCAACAUUCACUGCAGCCGUGUUGGCCAAUAGGCAUCAGCUGUCUUGGAACACGAAGAAUGGAACUAUGCAGUCUAAUUGGUUGGGAUCUAUCACUCAGGCAUCCACAGUCAGACUGGGCAUGGAUGAGAAGGGUCAUGAUGUCUAUGUGCCGAUGUCGCACUUGUUACCCAUGGUGCAUCCUGAUGACUUGGCGAUCGAUGGCUGGGAUAUCAGCCCCCUAAACCUGGCCGAGUCCAUGGUGCGAGCCAAGGUCAUAGACUACGACCUGCAGCAGAAGCUGAGGAAGGAGAUGGCCGCCAUGAAGCCGCGCCCUGCUAUAUAUGACCCUGACUUUAUUGCGGCUAACCAGGCGGACCGCGCGACCCACCUCAUCCGCGGCACCAAAUACGAGCAGUACCUCCAGAUCCGCGCCGACAUCAAGGACUUCAAGGAUCGCCAAAAGCUGGAUAAGGUCAUCGUGCUGUGGACCGCCAACACCGAGAGAUUCUGCGAGGUGAAACCGGGUGUGCACGACACGUCGGACAAUAUCGAGAAAGCUCUGCGGAACAACGAGCCUGAAAUCUCGCCAUCCACCAUCUUUGCACUAGCCGCCAUCGACGAAGGGUGUUGUUACAUCAACGGCUCCCCGCAGAACACACUAGUUGAAGGCGUCGUGGAACGCGCGGAGAAAAACGGAGUGUUUGUUGCCGGUGACGAUUUCAAGUCCGGGCAGACCAAGCUCAAGUCCGUGCUGGUCGACUUCCUAGUGUCCGCCGGUCUAAAACCGGUAUCUAUCGUCAGCUACAACCACCUCGGCAACAACGAUGGCAAGAACCUGUCCUCGGCCAAGCAGUUCCGCUCCAAAGAGAUCUCCAAGUCCAACGUGGUCGACGACAUGGUCGAGAGCAACAGCAUGAUGUACAAGCCGGGAGAGAAACCCGACCAUGUGGUGGUGAUCAAAUAUGUGCCAUAUGUCGGCGAUUCAAAACGCGCGAUGGACGAGUACACCUCCGAGAUCCUUCUCCACGGCACCAACACCAUCGCGGUGCACAACACGUGCGAGGACUCGCUGCUGGCGGUGCCGCUGAUCUUGGACUUGGCGCUGCUGGCCGAGCUGUUUUCCAGGCUGUCCCUGCGCAGGCAGGGGACUGACGAAUGGUCGGGUCUCCACUGCGUGCUGUCGUCCCUCUCGUACCUGCUUAAGGCGCCGGUGGUGCCGGCGGGGGCGCCCGUGGUGAACGCCCUGUUCAAGCAGCGCGCCGCGCUAGAGAACAUCAUGCGCGCCGCGCUAGGCCUGCCGCCGCUACACCAUCUGCAACUAGAGCACAAGGUCCCGUUCCUGAUGUCUGACCUCCGCAGCGGCCGCAUGUUCGCGAGCAGGGCGCCGCCUUCCAAAAAGCAAAAAAUCGCCCACACGAAUGGUGAUAAGUAAAAAAAAAGAGGUAUAUACCCCAGUAA